AUGUCGAUCCCCUUCGAGCAAAUGCUCUUUGUGUGCAGAGGGAAGCCAUUGGACGAUGGCCGCCCCUUACAAGAAAUGGGCGUCGAGACUGGAGAUCAGGUGGCGAUGAUCUUGCGCUUGAAGGGCUGCGGCCAGUUCAUUGUGGAAACUGAUGGAGGUACGUCUUUUCGUGUCGACGGUGCGUGCGCUGACAAGACGAUAAGUGAAGUGAAGACCGCCAUCCGUGACAGAACAGGUAUGGCUCCAGCCGAGCAGCAUUUGACUUUCCGGAAGCAGGUGCUGGAGGAUGCGCAGACACUGGAGUACUAUGGCAUCAAGCGCGAGUGCAAGAUCCAGCUGGCUCGUCGGCAACCGCAGGACGGCUGUCGAGAACGUUGCUGCUUCUGCUGUUGA